CUUUUUCACUCGUCUUUACUCAUGGUUCAAAACGUCGGGAAAUUUCUUGCCUAUGCAUCCGGUAUCAUAGCCACAGGUUAUGGAUUGAUGGUUUUCACUGUUCCCAAUGAAGCUGAAAUGCGAAAACGCUUGGAUCCUACUCUGUUAAAGGAAGCUGAUCGAAUGAAAGAACAUAAUAUGGAACGACAUCAACAACUUUUGGAUCAAAUACGUCAAACAGCUGCAUCUGACAAACCUGUCUGGGGAGACAUCAACGAAAAGAAACAUCAUUAAACCAUUCUUUAAUAUACCUAUGUUAUAGUUUUUCUAAAAUGUGCUCUUGUACCAUCUCUAUCCCACAUUCCUUUAUCAUAGCUUAUUAUUAUUCAUAUAAAAUAUAGAAAUAAAUAUUGA